CACCAUCUCCUUCUUAAGCUCGUAGAACUCACCCCCACCCCCCCUCUCUCUCUCUCUCUCUCCCUCCACACGUGCAAGUCCACGACACAAGCACAGAAAAUGGCAACAAAAGGAGGAGGAGAUGGCAUGCCAGGAGGCUUAAAAUACCAGACAUGGACGUUGAAGGUCCCGAUCCACUGCGAAGGCUGCAGCAGAAAAGUCAAGAGAGUUCUUCAGAGCAUCGAAGGUGUAUUUAUGGUAAACAUUGAUUCGCAACAGCACAAGGUCGAGGUGACUGGUGAUGUCGAUUCCGAGACGCUGAUCAAGAAGCUGACCAAAUCGGGGAAACAGGCUGAGCUCUGGCCCGAGCAGAAGGAGAAGAAAUCCGGAAAGUCCAAGAACAAGGAUAACAAGCAAGAAAAUCCUAAAGAUUCCGAAGACGCCGGUGAAGAGGCUUCCAAAGAUGUAAACGGAGGUGAAAGCGAUGAGGAGGAGGAGGACGACGGAGAGAACCAUGAACCGGAAAACAAGGAGACGGGUGGGGCGACCAAGGAGGCUGGCGCUGCCGGAACCGGCGGCAAAAAGAAGAAGAAAAAGAAGAAGAAUAAAAAGAAGAACGAUGGCGGCACCGACGAUGGGGCAGCCACAGGCAACACUCCAGGGACGAGCUCGGGAUUCACCCCGCCGAUGACGGCCUCGGUGAGCAUGAACCCGUAUCCGAUUCACUAUCCGCCCCAAGCGUUCGGGAUGAGCUACAAUGCGGCGUACCCUAGCCCUAGCGCCUCGUACUACGGUGCCUCUCCAAUGCAUGGGUAUUCAUACUCUCAUCCGGGGUCCGCGUACACUUUCCCUCCGCCGUCUGAUCCGAUCAGAAGCUACGUCGACGAUGAUCAUGAAUAUGACGAUGACAACAUCGGGUGCUCAAUCAUGUGAAGUGAUUAUUAGCAUGUGAAUUUGCUAGGUUGAAAGGUUUUGAUCGAGGAAAAUAAGUGCUGUAGAAAUUUAAACGCGUAGGUGGGGGAUGGUCGGAGAAUAAUGAAAUAUGGAGAGAGAAAUUAAGGGUUUUAUGGAUGUGCUUUUAAGGGAUCUUUAGUAGGAACUCUUCAUUUCAAAAGUCUUGCUUCUCUUUUAAUUAGGGUUUGCUCAGGAAGGUCUAUGUCAUGUAAUGUUUGUACGUUUUGCAGGAAUAUUGCUGGCUUUCUCUUCAUGUCUUUCAA